UUUAAGUCCAAAGCUCAAUCUGCCGCACACGGGAGAAGAUAAAAGGCGAUGAGAGCCGUCCAAGGGUGUAGUGCAGCUUCAGCAAAGACCGAAAUAGCUGGUCGCUCAGCUAUCGACAGAAUGGAAGCGGGCAUGGACUUUCUCCAUCACUCAGGCAUCCAAGCCACACACUACCUCCAAACAAGCUACCCGGCAGCCCAGGAUUGGUUCCUCUUUGUUUCUUUCGCUGCCGACCUCCGAAACACGUUCUUUGUCUUCUUCCCCAUCUGGUUCCACCUCUGCGAAGCGGUGGGGAUCAAACUCAUCUGGGUGGCUGUGAUUGGCGACUGGCUGAACCUCGUCUUCAAGUGGUAAGUGUCCUGCCUACUCUAAGGUGGUCGCCUGAACUCAGGCUUUCUUCAUCUGGGCAUGUAAUGUUGUUAAGCAAAGAUAAAGGGACCCCUGACCGUUAGGUCCAGUUAUGGCCGACUCUGGGGUUGCGGCAUUCAUCUCGCUUUAUUGGCCAAGGGAGCCGGCGUACAGCUUCCGGGUCAUGUGGCCAGCAUGACUAAGCUGCUUCUAGUGAACCAGAGCAGCGCACAGAAACGCCGUUUACCUUCCCACCGGAGUGGUACCUAUUUAUCUACUUGCACUUUGACGUGCUUUCGAACUGCUAGGUUGGCAGGAGCAGGGACCGAGCAACAGGAGCUCACCCUGUCGCGGGGAUUUGAACCGCCGACCUUCUGAUCGGCAAGCCCUAGUCUCUGUGGUUUAACCCACAGCGCCACCCACGUACUUGUUAAGUAGGCACCAAGAAUAGCCACAGCUAGCUUCCAUAAAUUUGGAAUGGGAAGACUUCCUGGCAAGUCCAAACCCCGGUAACAAACUAUUCUACCCAUUCCAGCUGCUCUCUGCUAUUCUGUGAAACCAGCGGUUAGGAUGGCCUCAAUGGAACAAGUCCUUUCCAUUUCCCUUCCACUCUUUCCUUCCCUUUCACGAGCUCCUCUCUGCAAGUUCCAUGCCAGUCUGGCAAGUUAUUUUUUCUGGACUUGUGGAAUGGGAGGAAAGUCUUUGGUUGCCCCUGGUUGACUUCAACGAGUUGCGUGCAUGGCCUAUUACUGCCUUUGGUGUUAGCAUCUAGGAUAAAUAUCUAUCUAGCCCCCAGAUCUGUUUUUUUCCAGCACCAGACUCCAAAAUACUCCACGAAAACAUGGGACCCUUCUGGUCUGCUUGCAUUGUGAUCCUUAACACUCAGGAAUUUGUGUGGGUGUCGCAAUUCUCUUUCCUUUCGGCCCUAGCUGGUUCUGUUGUCAGCAAUCCCUUCCCACAGCAGAGACUCACAGUGCCUCUCAUGUUCCUUUUCUCUACAGGAUCCUGUUUGGGCAGAGACCUUACUGGUGGGUACGUGAGGCCAGUUUCUACCACAACACCUCGGCCCCUGCAAUCCAGCAGUUCCCUGCUACGUGUGAAACUGGCCCAGGUGAGAUGCCGAAGGAAAGGGUGGCCGUGUAACCAGAGGCAGGGCAGGAAGGAAAAAAGGGAAUGCAUUAACACCAAAAAAUAUAAUCAUAAAGACAGUUAUUCUGUGAACUGCCCUGAGAUCUUAUGGUGAUAUAAAUCUAAUAAAUAAAAUAAUAAUACAGUAGUACCUCGGGUUAAGUACUUAAUUUGUUCCGGAGGUCCGUACUUAACCUGAAACUGUUCUUAACCUGAAGCACCGCUUUAGCUAAUGGGGCCUCCUGCUGCGCCGCCAGAGCACGAUUUCUUUUCUCGUCCUGAAGCAAAGUUCUUAACCUGAAGCACUAUUUCUGGGUUAGUGGAGUCUGUAACCUGAAGCGUAUGUAACCUGAAGCGUAUGUAACCCGAGGUACCACUGUAAACAGGUUUGAUAAAUCUAGGCCAUGUCUUGAGUUAAUCAUAAUUCCAUAUGUUUGGUGAGCGCCUGCAUUUUCUGUACUUUCCUGUACUGGAACACAAUAUAGCCUUGCAAGAUUUAAUUUCCUCACCCAUGUCUGAAGCUCAGUGAAAGAUACAUUUUAAGAGCCAAAUGGGUUAAGUUAAAUGCUAAAAAUGAAGUAAAUGGUCAAUGAAGCUCUGGCUUAAACUCCCACCACCAAAACAUGGUUCAGUCUCAGAUCAAAAUCCAGGCGCUCUCUGAAUCUGUGCUUUCCCUGGAAAACAGAAAGCGACGCCAACACAAGACUUGCUCAGCUGUUGCAGAAUAUGUUGCUUGGGCUCUGACUGGUGAGCCUUGAAGGGGGUGGGAAAUCAAUACAUAAAGAGUAGUAUUUGGGUACAUAAGGCCUGCAUCUGAUUUUGCAUUUUAUUUCCCCUCUGGAAAGGCGACGGGUUAUAUAGACAGCUUGAAAGGGUCUUGCUGUAGUAAUAUCUUUCAGGCAAGGCUGAGGGUGAUACGGAGGUUUUGGAGCCAAGGUGUCUGACUUUCCUUUUCACUUUAGGGAGUCCCUCUGGACAUGCGAUGGGUUCAGCCGGCGUGUACUAUGUGAUGGUUACAGCCAUUCUCUCCAUUGCAUUGAAAAAGAAGCAGCCAUCUUGGAAACACCGGUAAGCAACGCCAGCAAUAUUAACAAAAGGCACUCUCUCUGAGCAAGGGAGAGUGCUGGGAAGUAUUUUCCGCUUCAAGGAGAAUUAAUAUUACGACGUGCAACAAUGCUUCCGUUGUGGAAGGGAAAAUUGGAGGUCCUGCAUUUUAUCUCUUUGGCAGUAACCUUUUACAAAAGGUACAAAAAUAUACCAGGAGAGAACAAUAAUGUCCCUGUGCAUAUCUUAGGGAUGAAUGGAUCUGUUAAUUUCAGUCCUCUAAGCUUCUCAUUUCUCCAAUCUUAGCAUUCUCAGUUCUCCACAUUUCCGCAUUUUUUUUAAAAAAAAUCCUCACGAAAAGUUGACAGCAUUUUAAUGCAAAUUUCUCCAAAUAAGCACAUUUUGAUAUGGCUCUCUGGCUAAUCAUUCAUAUUUUUGCAAGCAAUUUUCCCAAGUAUUAUGCAUUUUAAUACUAUUUCCAUGAUUGUGUGUGGUUCUGUGCACAUUCCCCCUCUGCUAUUGCGUGGGGAACUGCGUCGCACAAUUCAGAGGAGGACAAAUUUUGCAGGAUAGCUGUGUUCACACAAUGUUCGCACGUUGGUUCGAGAAGUGCAAGUUAGUUAGUUUCUCACUGAAUUGCAAUGAAGAUCAAAUUGCCCCUCCAUCCCUAGUAGAUGUUGUCAUUAAAAUUGCCUGUAGCAACUGGAAAAGUGAAUUAUUCUCAUUGGGAACCAGGAGAAGGCAUAUGCAAUGUUUCAAAGUGCAGCAGGGCUAUGCUGGAAACUCCUUCACUGUGAUCAGUACAAGGGUGCCUCUCUCGGAUCAUGCUUUGGAAAAUACAUUCCUACAUGUCUGAACCAGAAGCCAGAUGAUUGUGCGGAUUGACUGCCCCAAGCUGUUGCCAAGAGAUUUCUCAAUCAUCAGACAAUGACAGCCUGCCCGAAGUCUGUAGGAAGGGACAACAUUUGGCAGCUGAGCAGGAUUUUGAUUGGCUUGUUUGCUCGUCUGUCGUUUCAGUUGUGAAGCCAGAGGAAAGUCAGGCUCACACUGCAAUCUAACAACCUGUUGUGACCUCUGCUUUCAUAUUACACUGGUCUUCCCCUGGUGACAGAGGCUGGCCAAUGCAAAAACUGCACAGGAACCCAAAGUCUUUGUUAUGUACUGAAGUUCUCACCCUGGGCCAGCAGGGGGAUACUGUAGAUAGUUAUGCAAAUGAAGGAUCGAAAGUGAUGUUCAGUGAUUGGAUAGUUUUAGAAAGUUGUUACAGUAACGUGGUACUGGAGCUCUAUAUAAGCAGGCUGACUGAGCCCUUCAGUUCAGUUCUGUUCUGGCCUCUGAAUAAACAAGAGUUGUUUGAAGAAUCACUGUGUCAUCUGAUAUGUUCACCCACAACUUAACAGUCUUAAUUCUCUCCGGAGCUCUUACAUUUUUCCUGACAGUGGGUGGGAAAGGAUCUGUAUAGCUUGCAAGUGAGCUCAGGAGAUGCCCCAGAAAAGUCUGGCUUGCCAGUGUUCACCUCUAUUCUCUUCUCUUCUCAUCUCUUGUCUCCUUUUGCAGUUUCUUGCAGGCAGUGCUCUGGGCGGCUUUUGCUGUUGUCCAAGUCUGCGUCUGUCUCUCCCGUGUCUUCAUCGCUGCCCAUUUCCCCCACCAAGUUGUCGCCGGUGUCUUCUCAGGUCAGUGCAGGUUACUCACCGCCUGGUAUGAUAUAUUGAGAUGUACGGCAAGGCUGCAGCUAUGGAAUACAGUAGAAUUUGUUGCCGUGGACUCAGCUACAGAUUCUAAUACGCAGACUCCACAGAACAAAAUUAGUGUGCUCCCCGAAAUGAGGUCUAAAAAAAAUAAUACCGUAUUUUUUGCUCUAUAAGACUCACUUUUUCCCUCCUAAAAAGUAAGGGGAAAUGUGUGUGCGUCUUAUGGAGCGAAUGCAGGCUGCGCAGCUAUCCCAGAAGCCAGAACAGCAAGAGGGAUUGCUGCUUUCACUGCGCAGCAAUCCCUCUUGCUGUUCUGGCCUCUGAGAUUCAGAAUAUUUUUUUUCUUGUUUUCCUCCUCCAAAAACUAGGUGCGUCUUGUGGGCUGGUGCGGCUAAUACGGUAAUUUUAUUAAAGGUUUUCAUCCUAAUAUAGCAUAAAAUUCAAAAUAAAAUAAUAAAAAGCAAUGCAUCAAACAGAAGAAAGAGAAAAAGAAAGAAAGAUACAUUAAUAAUAUUUCUCAUAUGAUCCUCAUAAAAAACAAAAUUAUAAAUAUAUGCGUGUCAUAGCUGUCAACCUUCCCUUUUUUUGCGGGAAAUUCCCUUAUUCCAGCGCCGUUUCCCGCUGCUUCCCGCUGCUAUCCCGGAUUGUUAGAUAUCCCAUAGACUGUCCCCGGGACAGGUGAGGCUGCUGAUCCCUUAUUUUCAAAUCUGAAAGUUGACAGCUAUGAAUUCUGUGUAACUUUUGGCCACCAAUUUAUCUUAACCUUCAUACAUACAGAGAGCUGAAUUUCCCACCUCCCACCUGGGAGACCUUCCCCUUCCACCCUGAGAAAAAUCACUCUGACCUGCCCAAAUGAGGUCUUGAUGAGGCUGUGAGAUACCCAUAAAACAGAAUACUUUGUCUUUGAGGGUGUGAUGGCAGUCCAGGUGUUCCACCUUGUUUAGUUUUCUAAAGACCCGAGCCAUUUUGCUAAGCAUACCACAAAAGACAUCACUGCGUAGCCUUAAUAAUAAUAAUAUAAUAAUAAUAAUUUAUUAUUUGUACCCCGCCCAUCUGGCUGGGUUUCCCCAGCCACUCUGGGCGGCUUCCAUAGAAACAAAAAAUACAGUAAAAUAUCACAGAUUAAAAGCUUCCCUGAACAGGGCUGCCUUAAGAUGCCUUCUAAAUGUCAGGUAGUUAUUUAUCGCUUUGACAUCUGAUGGGAGGGCGUUCCACAGGGCGGGCGCCACUACCGAGAAGGCCCUCUGCCUGGUUCCCUGUAGCUUUGCUUCUCGCAAUGAGGGAACCGCCAGAAGGCCCUCGGCGCUGGACCUCAGCGUCUGGGCAGAAUGAUGGGGGUGGAGACGCUCCUUCAGGUAUACUUAAGAUUGCUUCCAAAAGUUUGGAGGUGUGUGUGUCCUGACCAGCGAUGUCUCCUUUCCCCCCAAUCCAGGCAUGGUGGUUGCCGAAUCUUUCCAGCACAUACGCUCCAUCUACAACCCCAGCCUGCGGAAGUAUGUGGGCACCACCCUGUUCCUCUUCUCUUUCGCCCUGGGUUUCUACCUGCUGCUGAAGGUGCUGGGCGUGGACCUCCUGUGGACCUUGGAAAAGGCCAAGCGGUGGUGCGAAAACCCAGAUUGGGUCCACCUGGACACCACGCCCUUUGCCGGCCUCCUGCGCAACCUGGGCGUCCUCUUUGGACUGGGACUGGCCCUCAACUCCCCAAUGUACGUGGAAAGCUGCAAAGGGAAACAAGGGCAUCAGCUGGCCUUCCGGCUGGCCUCCAUCGGCGCUUCGCUCCUCGUCCUGCACCUCUUUGACUCUUUCAAGCCCCCUGCUAAAGUGGAGUUGCUCUUCUACCUCCUGUCUUUCUGCAAGAGUGCCGCCGUGCCACUGGCAGCGGUUGCCCUCAUCCCGUAUUGCGUCUCCCAGAUCCUUACCCAACAAGACAAGAAAACUGUGUAGUCGCCAUGCCGGUUUUAUUUUCUAUGAACUUGAGCAGGUGAAGAGCUACGACGGAAGGCAAAAAGGGACAGCGUUCUUGGCGGUCCUCUUAACUAAGUGUGUUCUGGGCUCCCGCUGGAGCCAGGAUACGGCUGACCCAUCUGCCUUCAUAAAAUACCAGCCCGGGUCUCCAUCCAGUGCUGUCCAUAGGUCGUAAUUCCAGUGGCGCAGUUUGGUAAUUUUUAGAUUGUGGACAUUAUGGUUGAAAGGUAACGUGUGCCGCUCCGCUUAUUUCAAAAUGUUGCUGAUAUGCCAGCGCUUCUGCAUCUGGGGCCCCUCCAGACCCUAAAGUCUUGGCCCUGGAUGGCGUUGCUACGUGAGUCUUCCAGUGCAAGACAUUUCUCCAGAAAAGUGUUACCUGCGAUUUUGUCCGCCACCAGCAAAUACAUGCUCAGCUGAGAUGACAGGGAAAAACUGGUAUCAGCAAGGCAGGGAACGGGGAGCAAGCAGGGGGAUUCACUUGGCAUAGUUGGGGCAGAAGAGGAAUAGAAUAUAUAUUUCCACCAUUGCCUGUCUUGUGGCAGGAGAGGGAAGUUAUCUGUCCAUCCAUGACACGCGCCAGCAUUGUUCACACUUCAAGGGAGACGCUCCCUAGUGAGCCUGGCUGCUGUUAUGAGGUCAAGCGAUGAACUCCUGUGUGUGUUAUCGGGGGGUUUCACCUCACUGAAGGAUUGACGGUCACUUUUGGGAUGGGGAGGGAGAAAAGAUGGCGAACCCACCCGCGGCCUACCGCAGCCUAGAGAUGGCUUUUGUAGAUGUCUGCACGCCAUAUUUCUAUAUUUGUACCUACACCUUUUUGUUAUGAAUAAAGCAUGUUUUGUUAGCAAAUGAAUGGUCAGCUUUCUUUUGGGAAAAUAUUUGAAAACUGAAGUAUUAAAUGUUGUUUAAAAGCUCCCCAUAUCAAUUCCCUCUGCCAGUUAACUAUAAAUGAACUCCUAGCCUUGAUUUAGUGAUGCAGGUUACAGUACUUCUACAGUGUUGUGCCAGAGCGCUAAACUUUGAGAUGAAAAGAAUAAUAAUCUGCAAUGAUUCUCUAAAGCUCCUCUCUGGUCUCUGCCAGCUCAACUUUUCACUUCUUUUAACUGCUGAAGAAUUAUUAUCCAGUGUUUACGCAGUGGGUGGGCUACUCUGUGCCAAAAAAUGAUAUCCUGAGACUUUGGUGGUGGUUUCUUCACCUGUUGACAGGUAGGGGAAGUAAUACUUGCUGUGAUUAAUUUAUAAAAUGAAGCUGGGGAUCUAGCCUGCUUUAGAGUACUGGCACUUCAGACCUGAAAUCACUUGCUCCUAAUCAAAGCAGGCUAUAGGACUCAUUGGUGAAAGAAAGGCAUUCUGCACAUGGUCAGAGGCAUUGUCUUCUCUUAUUCACAUAUUUCAGAACGGAGUCUUGAUUUGUUCCAGAGCUAAUCCUUGGGGCAAGCUAAGCCCUGUUUGCUUCCCUGUCAUGCUAAAAGACUGUGUCAACAGUUCAUCAGCUGCCAACCCUUAACUCCCAAUUCCUAGGAUUAAACAUAUUGCAAGGGGAAAGCUGGAGGAAAGGUUAGUGGGUGGGGCACAUUGACUGAGCCACACAGCACCAGUAUAUGAAGUAACUUAGAGUUCAUCUCCAUUUAUUUUUGUUUGCUGUGUAAACCAACAACAAAUUGUGAUUAUUGCAGACCCUAUUUUCCGGGGACGUCCCUGAUUUAGAGAAACCAUCCCAGUUUCUGAUUUGAUCCCAGAAUGUCCAAGUUUUCCUUAGGAUGUCCCUAUUUUCAUCGGAGAAAUGUUGGAGGGUAUGGAAUUAUCCAACCUCUAAACUGUCAGAAGACAAGUUUUUUUAAAAUGCUUACUUUUUUUUUUAUAUGUUGGAAGCUGCCCAGAGUGGCUGGGGCAACCCAAUAAGAUGUGCGGUGUGUAAAUAUUAAAAUUAUCAUUAUGGAA